AACAGACAAACGUUAUAAGAUGAAUGAAUUGUAUGUGCAUCUAUAAACAACUCGCAAGGCCGUUUUGUUUGACGAAUUCGAAACAGUUCUGGCGAUUGUUUUUUAUUCCUACAGUACGUCACUUUCGAUUUAGAACGAACCUACGAUACAUCGGAAAACAUGUACCCGUGGCACCUGAACACGAAAUGAAUCUCCUGCCGAAACAGUGUUUCUGGUGUGCUGCUUAUCAAACAGUGAGUGUGUUGUUACCUUUUUAAUAAUAACGAAACAGGCAAACCCGCACCCGACGGUGAGUGUGGAUGUGUCGAUACGUUUGAAGUGAUAGUAAACACCUAUACGAACUGAUAAAUUAAACUGAUUGAUAACACAGCUGGCUGGUUCGGCACUCGUGCGUAGAGAACAAACGAACCCGAAGAUGUGUCUCGCUAGUGAUUAACCAAAACUGGCUCCGAAUGGUGCAGUGCCCUGUCUUGGAUAACUUACACCAUGUACGGAAAAUUUUUCUCCACCAAACGUGACCUCCUUUGGGCCCUGGUUGUGUUUUGCUGCAUUCUGGCCUUUUAUCUCUACCACAAUCAGCUGUCCGAUCGGCUUGCUACAUUGGAGGAGUUUAAGCGAACGCAUCAAGAGGAAGAACGCCGGGCAGCUGUUCGGGAGUCUUCGGAAGGUUUCAUUGUGCCAGAGUAUCAAGUGUUUCAGUACGAUGCACACUACACGCCUGUGCCCGAUGAUGGGUGGAUCGAAAAGCAGCCGGGAGAUAUGGGGAAGGCGGUGAUACUACCCGACAACAUAACGGAGGAUGUUCGUCAGCUGGUCCACCAAGGUUACGAUAAACAAGGUCUGAAUCAGUAUGUCAGUGAUCUAAUACCGGUUCGACGACGAUUGCCCGAUCUGCGUGAUCCAUGGUGUACGGCGGAACAACGACUUCAAACUGCUCUUCCACAAGCUUCGAUAGUGAUCGUGUUUUACAAUGAGGCGUGGUCGGUAUUGGUGCGUACCGUUCACUCCAUCCUUGAUCGUAGUCCAAAAGAGCUCAUCCGUGAGAUCAUCCUGGUGGAUGAUUAUUCGAAUUUGGCACAUCUACGCACACAGCUUGACGAGUACUUCAGCAGCUAUCCGCUCGUGCGCAUCCUGCGCGUACCGAAGCGUCUCGGACUGAUUCGAGCUCGGUUAUACGGUGCCCGGAACGCAUCGUCAGAAUUUCUCACGUUUCUCGAUGCACACUGCGAGUGUAUGAACGGUUGGCUCGAAGGUCAGUUGGAUGUGGUGGUCCGUGAUCCGCACACCAUCGCACUGCCCACGAUCGACUGGAUCGAUGAGAAUAACCUUAAACUUGUUAGUGAUAAGGCACCAGUAUACUAUGGUGCAAUGGGAUGGGGUUUGGAUUUUGGGUGGCGUGGCCGGUGGGAUCGAGUACACAAGCCAGACAACAAGAUGGAACCGUUCAGUACACCGGUAAUGGCCGGUGGAUUGUUUACGAUCCAUCGGAAAUUCUUUGAGUGGCUCGGAUGGUAUGAUGAGGACUUGGAUUUUUACGGCGGUGAAAACAUUGAGCUAUCGCUGAAGGCUUGGAUGUGCGGUGGAAGACUGAUGACCGUUCCUUGUGCCCGUGUUGCUCACAUCCAGAAAACUGGGCAUCCCUACCUGAAUGAAGUGCACGUCGACGUCGUUCGCAUAAACUCGGUUCGUGUAGCAGAAGUGUGGUUGGAUGAGUACGCAUCCGUACUCUACGGAAUGUUUGGUGGACCACAAUUUCGCGGUGACUAUGGAGAUGUUUCGGCCCGCAAGCAGCUGAGGAAGGAUCUCCAUUGUAAAGACUUUCAUUGGUAUCUGGAGAACGUGUUCCCGGAGUUGAUUGAAGAACUCGGCAAACUUCCCGGACAGGGUCCAAUUCGGAAUGAUGCUUUGGCUGGGUCACAUGAUCACUGUUUAACAUACGUUGAGCCUAAGAACACCGUCAAUAUGUCACCGUGCGAGCAAGGAAACACUUGGCAACAGUGGGUGUUUAGUUUGUAUGGUGAAAUUAGUACCAACAACCACUGUCUAGACUACGACAAUAACAUGCUGUUGUUGUACCAUUGCCACAAAGCACAGGGCAAUCAAGAGUGGACGUACAAUGCUACCACCCACCAGUUCGAGCAUAAGAAACACAAGGGCAAUUGUUUGGGUGUCGAUGUAAAAACGAAGAAGGUGCGUAUCGAUGCAUGUGACCAGAAUCAACAAUCUCAAAAGUGGCAUUACCCGGUCAUAGAGUAUAAGGUUUAAAUAAAGAUCAAAAGUACUGAACCCAUGCCAACAUAGAAACAACAAUAAAAAGGCAUGACAGCACAUGAAAUAGGAAAUAUCUAAAAUAAAUUAAAUGUUUAAAAUUCACCAGCAACGUGUUGGAUUUGCUGUGUAUAUUAUUAAAUUUUGACGUAGUGUGGCAUGUUAUAACAAAUCUCCCUCAAUUAUUAGUCACUACUCUUAGUGCAUACUGACAGGCGCGUUUGGACACCCACAGCUGUCUAAUGCGUUGAUAUCGAAUAUGGUUAACCAACACUUUUCAAACAAGAAACAAUGACUUUUUACUAACAAAGAAGUAAAAUACAAUAAAAAAUUACAAAAUAAAAAAACAACUUUUUUCCAAGUACAUCCCAGUAUGAACUAUACAUUUCAUGAAAACUCCAGGAAAAUGCAAGCAAAAUCCUCAUUAUCAGUUCAUAUAAAAUGAGGCAACAUUGAUUUGCAACGUGUAUAAAAGUCGGUUUAUAAUACAUACAAAACUAUCUUUUAGAUUCCUCCUACUUCACGAAGGUCGUUAUUCAGCCGUAGAGUUUACGGUUAAACUGCUUCACUGCAAUUCUGCUUCCAUAAUACUGCACAGGGGUGGAACCCUACGACAAUGCAUUUUCCAAAACAUCUGUAUAAACAGUAACGUGUAAAGGUAGUGGAAUAUAUAAAUAUAUAUAGAAACAGGUAAUGAGAAAAGCUAUACUCGUUUGCAUAAAGAGACUACGACAGUUUAACCACACAAGACGCCAAUAAAGUACAGUAAAUAGUAUUAUUCAAA